UGCUGUUGAUACUGUAGUUUGUAGUCACCAAGACUCACAACUGAAUAUAGCUGCGCUCGCGCACCGUCCCGAAACAGUUUUUUAGGAUUCCAACCCCAUUACUUCAUGACUUCAACAUCUGUGUAAAAAGAUAACUUCUAUUUUUUUAUUUUUUAAAUUUUUUUUUUAUAACAAGACAACAACGAGAUGGAACUUAAUUCUCUUUUAAUUCUGCUGGAGGCUGCAGAGUACUUGGAAAGAAGAGACAGAGAGGCAGAACACGGUUACGCGUCCGUUUUACCGUACAGGAGCGACUUUUCCACUAAGAAAACGAAAGCCUCGGCAAUCUCCAGAAAGCCUCUGAACAAUCGAUCGUCGCACAACGAGCUGGAGAAACACAGACGUGCCAAACUUCGACUGUACUUGGAGCAGUUGAAGAAGCUGGUGCCUUUGGGUCCAGACAGCACCAGGCACACCACACUGAGCUUGCUGAAAAGGGCCAAGAUGCACAUCAAGAAGCUGGAGGAGCAAGACAAGAAGGCUUUAAACACCAAGGAGCAGCUGCAAAGAGAGCACCGCUACCUCAAACGCCGCCUGGAGCAGCUCUCGGUCUCCGGAUCCGUGGAGCGCAUCCGCACCGACAGCCUGGGCUCCACCAUCUCCACCGACUCCGAGCAAGAGGUGGACAUCGAGGGCAUAGAGUUCACUCCCGUGGAGGCGGACAGCGUGGACAGCAUCAGCGACGUAGAGGAGGAGGAGGAGGAUGAGGAAGAGGAGGAGGAGGAGGAGGACCACUACAGCCUCCAGAGCAGCUCCAGCGACACCAGCUACACAGCCACACAUUCCCACAGACUGCAGCCGCACCACUGCUAGACGCCGCGGGGCCCUCCGCCCUCAGACCGGCUUCCGCGCUCCCCUCAGCUUCGCCUUCUCCCGCCGCCGCCCGCCACUUACACCGGACCGGGCCACGGUGGUGCUGCACCCUGAACAUGUCCCUUUUGCCCGCCCCCGGCUCUCCAGGAAGUAGAUGGGGCUGAAAUGCCACUCAAGCCUUCCUGUGACUCCCUCCGCCCCGACCACUGACCCUACCUCACCUACUGUAUCCUGCCUGAACACGCCCCUCCAGACACGCCCCGCCCUCCCGCCGCCCUCACAGCCCCUCGACUUAGUGUCUCCACAGGCUCAUAGAAGGAAGUUUGUGGGUUUUUUUUAUGUGGACUUCUGUGGUGCGAUGGACAUCUUUGACUUGUUAAUCAGGAAUUGUGCGUGCAUGUGUGUGUGUGUGUGUGUGUGUGUGUGUGUGUGUGUGUGUGUGUGUGUGUGUGUGUGUGUGUGUGUGUGUGUGUAUAUGCAAGAGAGAAAGAACAAGCGGGGGAGUUAGAGAGGUUGAAAACAAAAGCUUAGUGUCUGUUCUCCCUGAGGCGGUAAUACGCAGGCGAGGCUUUCAUCGAGUAAAAGGUAAAGCAUUAAAAGUUAUGUACAUCGCACAUUAUCUUCCCUUCACACAAUAAGAUUUACAAGGGUAGCUAUUGUAGAAAAAACAAAUGACAGCGAGAAAAAUGGACUAUUUAAGGAAUAUUGACAUUUGAGGAAAUAAUACUUCUGAGCCCGGGUCGUUUCCCGCCUGGAUGCUCUAACCGACCUGGCUGAAGCUUCACGUUUAACAGUUGGGAGGGAAAUCGAUCUUCUCAUCCAACUCUCUCAAAAUGUCAGACCCUUAUUUAACAUCUUUCCACUUUUUUUUUAGGAUGUGCGUCUGCACACGGAGUCCCGUCUUCAUUACCAAAUGUGAAACAGAAAAAGUUACAGAGCAGCAGCAGACAGGAGAGAAUGUAUAUAGAUGUACAGUUACUGUCCAAACCCUCACGUUUCCCUCUGGUUGGGUCGCCUAACCACUACUCCACACUACUGACCACUACACUAUACCACCCUAUGGUGUGGAUGGACUACUAUGUCAAUUAAAAAAAAAAAAGGAGUUGCCUCAUAACUAAAAACUAUUCCUUAAAGAUUUUCUCUCUCAGUAGCGAAUUGAUGUAGCAAUAAAUACGAGAGGCGGGUGCUUCCUCGGAGGGUUUAGAUGAUUCCGGUGGACCAUGAGGUUUCGAGGGAGACCUUUUCUUGUACCUUCUUUUCUCUUUCACUAAUGGAUCCUUCUCUUCGCUCGCUAGGCCGUCAAUCAAACCAGAGUUUGCAGUCCUCUACGGCUUUGUUACUAUUCAAGCAGUAUUUGUGUGUGUGUUUGGAUUUUUGUUCUGAUUAGCAAGUCAUAGAUGUAAAGGUGAAGAAAAAUGUAUUUAAAAAAAAGAAAAGAAAAAAAAAGGCCAGCUCUAAUGAUGUGUAGAGGCGUUCGUUUUAGCUAAUUUAGCAAACUAAUCACAUUCAGUUCAACUUUUAAUUUCUAUAACCAGGUCAAUAAUCUUAUUUUCUCUCUGCUAUCUGUUAUUAACUUCUGGAGCUUCGGAGCAGUGCUGAAGUUCGCUGUAGAUGAAAUCUUUUCCUCUAAUUUGUCUUUAACUUAUACGCAAUGAUCACUAUUGACGGAGGAGUUGCUUCUGUCGCUCUCUGACUGUUUAAUAAUCAUUAGGCCUCCAGUUUCGGGCUUUAGAGCUUGGCGUUCCAACACUUAAAAAAUAAAAUAAAAAAAGGGCCAGUCUACCAUGGCAGGUCUGACCAAAAAAAAUUCAAACGACAAAAGACUCAAGGACACAAAAAACAAAACAAGCUACCAGUGUAAUCUAUAUUUCUUAUUCAAUUUUGUAUUAUAUUUUCCUAAACGUUCUCUUGUAACAAAAAGGACAAAAACAGCGAGUAUAUCUAUCUAUGUAUAAAUAUAAAUCUAUAUAAAUAUAUGAGAGACAGACAGACAUGAGGUCAGAGAGUGGGGGCGGGGGAACACUGUCCCCUCCCCCUUUUGGGUGACUCUCCUGCUGUCAUUCUGUGCCUUGGUGAGCCUAUGACCCUCCCAUCCUCCCACCUCCUCGCCCCCUGGCCCUACUCAGGUCACACUCCCCCCCCCCUCCUCCCCCUCCUGAUCGCAUCCUCCCUCCUCUCCUGAAAGCUUUGAUUUCCCACCCUCACCGUGCCAAAACAUUUCCGCCAGCGAGGGGCGCACCGAGAGAAGACUUCAUGAUGAAAUACAUUUGGCAGAAAAAGAAAAGGCCCCCUUUUGGUCUCCACUGAGCAGCACCCUGUCCAGCACCACCCCCCCCCCUCCACGCCCGGCCGUCACAGAAAAGCAAAAGAAACCGCACACUGGUAAACUCCCAUGGCAGCUUCCAGUCGCCCCCCGAAUGGUCACCGAUGGGGCUCUAAACCUUCUGGGCUUGAAGCGUGUUGAUCUUUUUUUUUAAUUGUUUGUCACUUGACUUGUUAUUGUUAUGUUGACUAUGUGUUUGUUCAAUGGCGUCACUGGGAUCGGAGCGAUAAAAGAAUAAUCCAAUCAAAUGGCAGCUUACAGGUGUAAUCCUCCGCGCUCCCAGUGGUCCGUCCCAAAAAUAGUGUUCCCCCCCCCCCCCCCAUUGACCAGAGAACCUCUCGACACACAGCAAUAUGACCAUCUCGUGCUUUCCGAGGGAGGCUAGGCGGGCAGGGUGGGAAAACCAAGCGGGUGGUUUUACUUUUUACUCUUUGGUGACCUCCUAUCGGCACUCUCUCCCCACACUGCAGGAGGACAAAGAAAACGCUGUUUUCUAUUCUAGAGUUUACAUCAAUGUCAAUGGAUUUGUACGUGACUGUAUAAAAAACGUCCUUUCUUAGUUUGUCGGACGAAAGGAACGACAUGGCAAACCAGAUUAAUGGCAUGAAGGUGUUCCCUUGCACAGAACCUCCUGGCGGAAUAGAGACGCAGCGAAACGCGAGGGGGGGGGGGGGGGGGCCGAUAUGAAAUUAUUAAAAUAUUCACUGUCGUCGUGGAAGAAUGGACUUGGAACAGACUUGUAAUGGCUUUCGGCAGCUGAAUGAACGCGGUAACAUUUGGUUGGUUAACACAUCAAAGUCCCAUCGAGAUUAAAGUGUAAAACAAGAGAUCAUCAGAACCUCCACAGACAAGAUUUGAGAUUCGCUUUUUAUGUUGCGGUUGCGCAGAGAUUUGCUUUGGUGCGUUGGGUGCUGGAAGAGUGCAGAAGCACAGUUUGAUGUUCGGGGGAAGGUCAGCAGACAGACAGAGAUGAAAUCGGUGUGAAGAACAAACCGGUCUGCUCACUCAGAUGAAAUCAGAAACAAAAGGAGACCUUUUCCGAGGCUUGCUGAGUACCGGUGAUUAUGUAGAAGCCAACGCAAUGACUCCCAUUAAAUAUUAUUCCUGCCAAAUAGUCACUUUUAAACCUUCUAUGCUGGAUUUUAUGACUCCGGACAAGUAGCUUUAACUACCAGUAUGCUUUAGGUCAGCGUCCCGCUUUCUGAACCUGCAGGCUUUGUGUGUUUCCUCCUUAUUUUGCAUCUCCACAGUCAAAUGGGUGUCGUGCAGAGUUUGUGUUGGCCGACGUACUGUGCAGACCGGGGAGAGUUCUGUGCCAGAGUCCUGUGAAAACGUUCCUUUUUAGCAGAUGUGUAAUAUGCAUUCAGAAAAUGUUAUACAGGUUCCUUUUUUUUGUUGUUUUGUGUGAGUGUACGCACAUGGCGACCUGGUGCUGGCUUACACUUUAGCAGACACUUUGAAAGGUAUUGUGUAUUCUCAUUGUAAUAUAAUUAAAAUGUUUUAUACAUAAA